CAGAAGUUCGAGGAGUCGCAGACGGAGCUGGAGGCGUCGCAGAAGGAGGCCAGGUCCCUCAGCACCGAGCUCUUCAAGCUGAAGAACGCCUACGAGGAGUCGCUGGAGCACCUGGAGACCUUCAAGAGGGAGAACAAGAACCUCCAAGAGGAGAUCUCGGACCUGACGGAGCAGCUGGGCGCCAGCCACAAGACCAUCCACGAGCUGGAGAAGGCGCGGAAGCAGCUGGACGCCGAGAAGCUGGAGCUUCAAGCCGCGCUGGAAGAGGCUGAGGCCUCUCUGGAGCACGAGGAGGGGAAGAUCUUGAGGGCCCAGCUGGAGUUCAACCAGGUCAAGGCGGACUACGAGCGCAAGCUGGCCGAGAAGGACGAGGAGGCGGAGCAGGCCAAGCGCAACCACCUGCGGGUGGUGGAGUCGCUGCAGACCUCGCUGGACGCCGAGACCCGCAGCCGCAACGAGGCCCUGCGGCUGAAGAAGAAGAUGGAGGGCGACCUCAACGAGAUGGAGAUCCAGCUCGGCCACGCCAACCGCGUGGCCGCCGAGGCCCAGGCCCACCUGAAGGCAGCCCAGGCUCACCUCAAGGACACCCAACUGCAGCUGGAUGACGUGGUGAGGGCUAACGAAGACCUGAAGGAGAACAUCGCCAUCGUGGAGAGGAGGAACAACCUCCUGCAGUCGGAGCUGGAGGAGCUCCGGGCGGUGGUGGAGCAGACCGAGAGGGCACGGAAGGUGGCCGAGCAGGAGCUGAUCGAGGCCAGCGAGAGGGUCCAGCUCCUCCAUUCCCAG